AUGAAUAGGAAGAAAGGAGACAAAGGAUUUGAGAGCCCAAGACCAUAUAAAUUAACUCACCAAGUAGUUUGUAUCAACAACAUAAAUUUUCAGAGAAAGUCUGUUGUAGGUUAUGUGGAACUGACAAUAUUUCCCACUGUUGCAAACCUGAAUAGAAUCAAACUGAACAGUAAACAGUGCCGGAUUUACAGAGUAAGAGUCAACGAUUUAGAAGCAGCUUUCAUCUACAAUGAUCCAACGCUGGAGGUUUGUCACCAUGAGUCAAAACAGAGGAAUCUCAACUAUUUUUCCAAUGCCUAUGCUGCUGCAGUCAGUGCUGUGGACCCAGAUGCUGGAAACGGAGAACUCUGCAUUAAGGUUCCCUCAGAGUUGUGGAAACAUGUUGAUGAGUUAAAAGUCCUGAAGGUGCAUAUAAACUUUUCUCUGGACCAGCCAAAAGGAGGCCUUCAUUUUGUGGUACCCAACAUGGAGGGCAGCAUGGCAGAAAGAGGGGCUCAUGUCUUUUCAUGUGGUUAUCAAAAUUCUACAAGAUUUUGGUUUCCUUGUGUUGAUUCAUAUUCUGAGUUGUGUACCUGGAAACUUGAGUAUACUGUAGAUGCUGCAAUGGUGGCUGUUUCGAAUGGCGAUUUGGUGGAAACUGUAUAUACCCACGAUAUGAGAAAGAAGACUUUUCAUUACAUGCUGACUAUUCCAACAGCAGCUUCUAACAUCUCCUUGGCGAUAGGACCUUUUGAAAUACUUGUUGAUCCAUACAUGCAUGAGGUGACUCACUUCUGCUUACCACAACUACUUCCAUUGCUCAAACAUACCACCUCAUAUCUUCACGAGGUGUUUGAGUUUUAUGAAGAGAUUCUUACCUGCCGUUAUCCAUACUCCUGUUUCAAAACUGUUUUUAUAGAUGAAGCUUAUGUUGAAGUAGCCGCUUAUGCAUCCAUGAGUAUUUUCAGCACAAAUCUCUUACACAGCGCAAUGAUUAUAGAUGAAACUCCACUGACAAGGAGGUGCUUAGCACAGGCCCUGGCCCAGCAAUUCUUUGGAUGUUUUAUAUCAAGAAUGUCCUGGUAA